AUGUCUCUUUGCCUCAAUCGCCUCCAAGAGGAGCGCAAGCAGUGGCGCCGCGACCACCCCUUCGGCUUUGUAGCCAAGCCCAAGCGCACCGAUCAAGGCACACUGGACCUCAAGCUCUGGUCAUGCGCCGUCCCCGGAAAGAAGGACACCCUGUGGGAUGGAGGUGUGUUCAAGCUGGACGUGAUAUUCCCCGAUGGCAAAUUUACUCCUCCGCUGUUCCACCCAAAUGUCUACCCAUCUGGCACUGUCUGCUUGUCUAUUCUCAACGAGGAAGAGGCCUGGCGACCUGCCAUUACUAUUAAGCAGAUUCUCCUGGGUAUUCAGGAUCUUCUCAACGACCCCAAUCCCGAAUCCCCUGCGCAAGCCGAAGCAUACAACAUGUUCAAGAAGGACCGCCCUGGUUAUGAGCGCAAGGUGCGCCAGGUUGUCCGCGAGAACCCGCCUAUCAUCUCUCUUAGCACUGAACAAGCGCGGCGCAAUGGUGACUACAAUACACUACUACCCUAUCACCCCGAUGUGCAAAAAUUCAAGCCCACGGCUUUGCGCAUGGCCAAGGCCGUGCGCCACCGUGGUCCCGAUUGGAGCGGUAGCUUCAUUGGCGACAACACAAUUCUGACCCACGAGCGUCUGUCUAUCGUCGGUGUUGACUCCGGUGCCCAGCCCCUGGUCAACGAUGACUCCUCCCUCGCUCUCGCCGUUAACGGCGAGAUCUACAACCACCGUAUCCUGCGGAAAAACCUGAAGACGAAGUAUAACUUCAAGACUCACUCCGAUUGUGAGGUCGUCAUUCCCCUGUAUAUGGAGUACGGCAUUGAUGCUCCCAAGCACCUCGAUGGCAUGUUCUCUUGGGUCCUCUGGGACAAGAAGCAGGACCGUGUUGUUGCAGCCCGUGACCCCAUUGGUAUCACCAGCUUCUACCUCGGCCGCUCCUCCAUCACCCCCGGCGCUGUCUACUUCGCUUCCGAGCUCAAGUCUCUGCACCCGGUCUGCGACGACAUCAUUGCCUUCCCUCCCGGCCAUGUCUACGACUCUAAGACCGACAAGUUGACUCGCUACUUCGAGCCUAAGUGGUGGGAUCCCACCAACGUCCCCACCGCCCCUGUCGACUACAAGGUGCUCCGUCACAGCCUGGAGAAGGCCGUUCGCAAGCGUCUGAUGGCUGAGGUUCCCUACGGUGUCCUGCUGUCCGGUGGUCUGGACUCCAGUCUGGUCGCCUCCAUCGCCCAACGUGAGACCCUCCGCAUGCAGGAGGCCUCCCGCAAGGCCACCAAGGCCGAGCUCGCUGCCGCCGCCGAGCUUGUCGGUAUCGACGACGAGAACGAGCUGUCCACCGUCACCACAUUCCAGCAACUACACUCCUUCUCCAUCGGUCUGCCCGGAGCCCCCGACACCGCCGCCGCUAUGGAGGUGGCCAAGUUCCUGGGCACCAAGCACCACGCCUUCACCUUCACCGUUGAGGAUGGCCUGAACGCCCUCUCCGACGUCAUCUACCACCUGGAGACCUACGACGUGACCACCAUCCGCGCCUCGACCCCUAUGUACCUGCUCAGCCGUAAGAUCAAGGCUAUGGGCGUCAAGAUGGUCCUCUCCGGCGAAGGUAGCGACGAGAUCUUCGGCGGAUACCUGUACUUCCACGCCGCGCCCAACCGCGACGAGUUCCACAAGGAGACCGUCCGCCGCGUGAAGAACCUGCACUUGGCCGACUGCCUGCGUGCCAACAAGUCCACCUCCGCCUGGGGUCUGGAGGCUCGUGUCCCCUUCCUGGACAAGGAGUUCCUCGAGACCGCCAUGAGCGUCGACCCUGCCGAGAAGAUGAUCACCAAGGAGCGUAUCGAGAAGUAUAUCAUCCGCCGUGCCUUCGACACCACCGACGAGCCCGAUGUCGAGCCCUACUUGCCCCAGAAGAUUCUCUACCGCCAGAAGGAGCAGUUCUCCGACGGUGUCGGUUACAGCUGGAUCGACGGUCUCAAGGACGCCGCCGAGGCCCAUGUUACCGAUGAGAUGAUGAAGAACCCCAAGCCUGAGUGGGGCUCUGAUAUUCCCGACACCAAGGAGGCUUACUGGUACCGCACAAUGUUUGACGAGCACUUCCCCCCUUACUGUGCUGGUACCGUCGAGCGCUGGACCCCGACCUGGUCUAAGCAGACUGACCCCAGUGGCCGUGCCAUCUCCACCCACAACGCCAAGUACGAUAGCACCGAGUAA